GGAAGAUCUACGGCAAUACUACCGGUUCAAUACCAGAAUUGUGGAGGUGAGGCGCCGACAUAAAUGGAUAGUGCGGUCGCGAACGGUGUGCGACGCCACUGCAGGCGGAUUUAAGGAGUCCGCCAGCGUGCCCGAUACGGUGGAGGAGUACGACGCUGUGAUGGUGGCCACGGGAGUUUACGAUCUGCCGUUCAUUCCAGAGCUCAAGGGACUCAGGCAGUGGCACAAAAAGUACCCCAACACAAUCCUCCACUCGAAAACGUUCCGCAGUCCUCGCGAAUUGGCUGGUGUCGAGGGAAACAUCCUGGUGAUUGGAAACUCUGCCUCGGGGAAUGACAUUUGCUACCAGUUUGCGAGAUAUACCGGCAGAAAUAUAUACAAAAGCGCGCGCUCAGCGAGCCGAGUUCCGGGCGGAACUAGCGAUUUGGUGAUCGAGAUGCCGGACAUCAGCCAUCUGGACCCGAACACGGCCUCUGUUUUUUUCGCCGAGAGUAAAAGGUUGGAAAAUGUUGGAUGCAUAAUUUUUGCUACCGGAUUUCUGCGGUCGCUGCCAUUUUUUGCCGAAAUAAACAGGUCCGAAAAACCUCUCAUCUCAGACGGAAGCAGAAUCCACGGGCUCUAUCGCCACUGCUGGAGCUACGAGCAUCCCGGACUGGCGUUUAUUGCGAUCUCGCGAUACGUGCUGCCGUUUCACGUUGCAGAGAUUCAGGGGAUCUGGUUGGCUAAAAUCCUGCGAAAUAAAAUAUUUUUGCCAAGCUUUGCGGCAAUAGCCAGCCAAGAACGCCAUUUGCUAAGCCUGCGUGGCAACCUGCCAUGCUUUCACGACUUACUGUAUCCGGACGAUAUCGAAUAUAUGGAUCUGCUUAUGAAGGACAUCAGAAUGGCAUCGGAUAGUGGACGCUUGCCUAAGGAAUGGACAGAGUUGGAGAUUGCACUGAGAAAGAAUACAAAACUUCUCAAGGCCAAAUGUCUGCAGCAUUUCGAGAGAACCGGCAAACGUUUAACGCUCCAUGAGGCAUUGUCAUGGAUAUAAUAGACACAAGGCAGCCAUUAGUCAAAGCUUGCAUUAAUUUCAUUUGCCGAAACAUUAUUGGCUGUACGGUGUUAACGGACUACAUUAUGUAGCUCGGUUAUUAAGCUGGCUGUUGGCGAACGAGGAACGAAAAUGGCCGACUAGACACGAAACCCAUGGCGUGGGGCUAUCUGCACUCAAGAAACUAAGCCUUUCUUGGUUCUUGUGAAGGCCAUCAACCUUACGGUGCCAAAUUAUUUGACUAAACAAUAGUGCGUCUAUAGCAGGCGCCAAGUUUUUUUUUACUUUUCUCCUUUGGGGAAGAAGCUGCAUUUAUGCAAAUUAUUUUUAUUGUGCACGAAAAAAAAGUCCCUGGAGUUUUUCUCUGGCUAUAAAUAAAGAACAUCUUUCGGGGCAUUUUAUCUAUAACAUCACCAAUCAAUCUCACAGCGAUGAGUGUGUUUCAAAAAUUGAGAAACAGAAAGACGGAGCAAGCGCUUUCGGAAGCCAUCCUGGGCACCAACGAGGAGCCCGAAACCUUUCUUUCGGAGCCCGAAAAGAAUAAAGAAGCAAACGAGGUGGUCGACGGGUCUAGCGUUAUCAGCUCCGACGCCCCAGAGGGUUUGCAAGCCAUAGAGGCUGCCACCAUGGUGUGGCCAAACUGGGCCGUGUACACCACCUAUGCAUGGAUCUGGGUGUGCUUUUUCAUGAUUGCGUUGCAGCAGACCAUCGGAACAACCAUGAUGCCGUACGCGUAUGCCGAUUUCGCCAAAGCUCCGGAAAUCAGUACGGCCGGAAUUCUGGCAACCAUUGUGGGAGGAGUGUUGAAGCUGCCUAUCGGUAAGACUCUGAACAUCUGGGGCCGUGCGGAGGGCUUUCUUGUGUUUGUGUGUGUCUACCUGCUGGGCCUGGUUAUUCUUGCUGCGUGCAACAACGCACAUGCCUACGCUGCCGGUUAUGUUCUGUUCUGGAUCGGUUAUGACGCCAUCUACCUGAUCAUGGAUGUGUUCCUUGCCGACACGUGUGGCCUCAGAAACAGAGCUUUCGCUUUCGCUUUUGCUUCCACUCCGUUCAUCUGCACCGCCUUCACCGGUCCGCUUGCUGCUCAGUCGAUUCUCGAGAUGGCAACUUGGAGAUGGGGAUACGGUAUCUUUGCCAUUGUCAUGCCGUUUGUGUUCUUACCUCUCGUGUUCGUGUUCAAGUUCUACCAGUUGAAGGCCAUCAAGAUGGGCGUUCUCAAGAAACGUAACUCAGGAAGAACCAAAUGGCAGUCGCUUGUCCACUAUUUCCACGAAUUCGACAUCGUGGGAGCAUUUCUUCUGAUGGCUGCCUUCACGCUGUUCCUGCUCCCAUUCUCGCUCCAAACCUACGGAAGGACCACUUACAAGUCGGCUACGUUCAUUGUGAUGAUCAUAAUUGGUGCGCUACUGUUCCCUGUGUUUGCUAUCUGGGAAAAAUGGUUUGCCAGAACGCACUUUAUCAGAUACGAGCUGUUCAGAAACAGAACCAUUUUGGGCGCCUGUGCGUUCGCUGCGCUCAGCAACUUCAGCUUCUACUGCUGGGACCUUUACUACUACAGUUUUGUCCUUGUGGUUUAUAACCUGAGCGUCAAGGACGCCGGUUAUAUGACCGAGAUUUACAACGUUGGUUCAUGCUUUUGGUCGCCGCUCUUUGGUAUCUACGUGCGUCUCACCAAACAUUUCAAAUACGCUUGCUUGUGCUUUGGUCUGCCUUUGCUAUUCCUCGGCGCCGGUCUUAUGAUUCGCUUCCGUGGUCAAGACUCCAACAUCGGCUACAUCGUCAUGUGCCAGAUCUUCAUUGCUUUCGGCGGUGGUAUGUGCGUCAUUGGCCGUGACAUGGCAGUUAUGGCCGCCUCAGACCAGGAAGGUGUGCCAAUGAUGCUGUCGAUCCUCUCUCUGUUCGGCUCUGUGGGUGGAUCUAUUGGCUACGCUGUCGCUGCUGCCAUCUACGACAACACUUUCUACGACGCUUUAGUCAAAAAGUUGCCUGCCUCCGAGGCUGCUAACGCGCUCACAAUAUACAUGGGCGGUGUCGCGACCCAAAUGUCCUAUCCUGUUGGAUCCGCAGUCAGAGACGCCAUUAAUUACGCCUGGGGACAGAGCCAGAGAAACGGUGCAAUCGCAGCCACCUGUAUUCUCGUUCUCGCCUUCCCAUCUGUUUUCAUCUGGAAGAACUACAACGUCGAUGUCAAGAAAAACAAGGGACACGUUUUGUAGUUCUGUUAAUAUUGGGUACAUCAGUAAAGUGUUGCUGUUACGGGAUAAUUUAUUAAUUUAGUAAUUUUUUUUUUAUCUUAUCAAUGCAAUUCAAC